UGAAUCGGCGGAAGCAUGAUGUUUACAGCAGUAUUGUGUGGCUUCCUGAUAAAUAGCAAACUCACUGGACACUUCCGUAUCAACAACAGAGUGAACCCCCUCAACUCCAUUGCAGUCCAGAAGAUGAAGCUCCUAGCCGUGGUGCUGGUGGUUGCACUCAGGUUACAGUCUGUUACGGUUCAGGCUGAUGAGGAAGUUAAAAAGAAGUUUAAGGACGAUCUCGAGCCGAUUUCUAAGGAAUGCUUGGAAUUACAUCCCCUGAAGGAAGAAGACAAGACAGCUAUGGUAGCUUUCGAAAUCCCACCAAAUGAGGAAGGAAAGUGUUUCGCUGGUUGCGUCUACUCUAGGCUUGGUAUGAUCGAAGGAAACAAGUUCGAACCUACGAAGUUCAAGGAAAGAGUCAAGGAUUGGUUGCAGAAAUACCCAGAAAAGUACCAAAAGGUGGAGGGAGUACUUGACACGUGCACAAAGAAAGUUGCAGAAGCCAACCCCAAUGGUGGCACCGAAUGCGCCCUGACUCCAAGCAUCUUGGAGUGCUUCCAUUCUCACCCGGAGGAGACGGACUCUUUCAGGAAAUUCCUGGCAUCUGUCUACGGUUCUUAAACAAGGAACAUGUGUAUGAUCUUAAUCACACUGAGAGAUGAACUACGGGUUUAAUAACAGACCUGCCGUUUCCCAAGAUUUUUAAUGAGAUUACCGAUAUGUGAAUUCUUACGCAAAUGAAAACCUGAACUCUUGAAGACAGAUAACAAUUAAGAAAAUAUAUGUUGCAGGAAAAGAAACACAGUAAAUAAAGUGCUUAUAAAUUAAAUUAAAUA